CGCGGCGACAGCCCGGCCCGAGCGCCCGCCAUGGAGCCUUCGCACAAAGAUGCCGAGACGGCGGCGGCGGCGGACCCCCGGGCGGCCGCGUCCAGCGGGGUGGUGGUGCAGGUCCGCGAGAAGAAGGGCCCCCUGCGCGCCGCCAUCCCCUACCUGCCCUUCCCGGUGGCCGUCCUCUGCCUCUUCCUCAACACCUUCGUGCCGGGGCUGGGGACGUUCGUCUCGGCCUUCGCUGUGCUGUGCGGGGCCCGCACCGACCUCCCCGACAGGCACGUGUGCUGCGUCUUCUGGCUGAACAUCGCGGCCGCCCUCAUCCAGAUCCUCACGGCCAUCGUCAUGGUGGGCUGGAUCAUGAGCAUCUUCUGGGGCAUGGACAUGGUCAUCCUGGCCAUUUCCCAAGGCUACAAGGAGCAGGGCAUCCCGCAGCAGCUGUGAGCCCGGGAACCCCGAGAGUCCGGGGUGGCCCCGUGAGGGCCGCUCCGCAGCACCAGGACCUCCCAGGCUGUCUCUGCUGCUUCCUGGUUUGGAGGAAAGGGAGGAUGUAAAGCUGUUAUUUAUUU